AUGGCGAUGGCGAUGGCGGCGGCGGGGCGGCGGGGCGCGGAGGCCUCCGCGUGGGCCCUGAGGAGCGCCUGGGGGCUACUGGGCGCCGGGCGCGGGUUCCGGAGCAGCGCCGUCUCGGAGAAGUGCCACGCGGCCCGCGUUCGCCCUCGGAAGGGGAACCAGCCGGUGUCGUACGAAGAGGCUCACCCGCCCCACCACAUCGCCCACCGCAAGGGCUGGCUCUCCCUGCACACCGGUAACCUGAAUGGUGAGACUGACGCAGCUGAGCGCACGGUGGAGGAUGUUUUCAUUCGCAAGUUCCUCUUUGGCACCUUUCAUGGCUGUUUGGCUGAUGAGAUUGUGCUGAAGCGUCGGGCCAACACUUUGAUAAUCUGCGCCAUUCUAAUGCAGAAUCUCCCACCACAUAAGAUUUACUUCCUGGUUGGCUACACAGAGGUGCUGCUUUCCUUUUUCUACAAGUGUCCUGUUAAGAUGGAGGUGCAGACCAUAUCUGAGAAGAUAAUUUACAAAUGUCUCUAAUCCUGGCUUAGCUUAUCAUAGAAAGAUGUUCCUGAAUCCUGGUUGAUAUUGAUGCUCCAUACUAGACCCAGUGGGAUUCUUGCUUCUUUUGUCCUUGAACAGACUGGUGUUUUCCAGCCAUUGACUUCUCCUCCAGAAAUUGGAAAUAGAUGGAAGCACCCAGAGAAAGGAGAAAUCUUAUUGAUUAUUAGAAAUGAGUUGCUGAAAUGCAAACAAGGAAUAUUUGUCCCUAUUUAUGACUCUUCCCAGUUCUUUGUCUCUUUAGCUGUAGAAUCUUGGCCUUCACCGCUCUCUGUAGCAAUGGAAAAUCAUUUCACUUUGCUUCAUUGAAUGGGUUGCUCCAGGCUGAGGUCUGUUCUCUUUCUUCACAGACUGCAGGGUAAGUGCUUCAGUAUAGGAAGGAAUCUAGCCUGUAAAGAGCAGGCUUGUAGGGCAGAGUGAAGAUGGACAAAAUGACACCAAAGGUCAUGCUAGGUUCUUUUCAGGCCAAGUGCAGAAUUAAACCCUAUAAAGAGCUAUUCAGACAACCAAUGAAGAAUGGCCUGGGGAGUAGAAAUGGAAUGACAAUCUGAAAGGUCCCUUGGAGGCAAAAUAGGCCCAAAAAUGCAUAUGUAGCACCCUGGAAAAAUUAUUGCUUCUGUUCUGGAAAAGAGAAUCUGUUCAAUGUACUUCCCUUUAGUUACAUCUUGGAGAUAAAGUAUUCACACAUUGGGAAGUUGCAAAAUGGGAUGAACAAUUUCCUGGCAGUCCGUAUCUAUGUGUAGCCCAGGCAUGAUUAGAAGCACAGCUUGAACUUCAAGGUGAUUUUCUGUGUAGUGAGAGUCUAGGAAAACAUGAUUUCCCCUCGCAAGUCAUGUUUCCUUCAAGUUAUAAUGGUUAACAGGGCUGAGUAAUUGCUAAAAUUCAUGAUGGACCAGUGCUAUCCAAGUGUCAUAGCCAUUUUAUUUUGUGCUAAAAACAAUGUGACCAGCUGGAUUUUGCCUGAUCUCAAAAAAAGCUCCAAAGAUCCAGUCCUAGUUAACGCUUGGAUAGGAAACCACCAAGAAAAUCUCAGGGCUGUAAACCAGACUGGGAAUUGGGCAAAGCAAAUCUCUCUUCCUGGACUUGUUUAGAAAUUUCAUUUCAUUUCAUUUCAUUUAUUGGACUUAUAUGCCGCCCUUCUCCCCACAGGACUCAGGGCGGCUCACAGCAUAUUAAAACAGUAUAAAACAUUAUCCCCAAUAAAAACCAAUU